AGUCUUCUCAUGCUGCCUCUGCCACCUUCUCGGCCAGAAGAUAUCAUUUCAACUCUAACAAAGCAUGAUAGAAACUUACAGCCAACCUUCUCCCAGGUCUGUGACCACUGGACCUCCUGCCAGUAUGAAAAUUUUCAUGUAUUUACUUACAAUUUUUCUUAUCACCCAGAUGAUUGGGUCAGCUCUUUUUGCUGUGUAUCUUCACAGAAAGUUGGACAAGAUAGAAGAUGAAAUGAAUCUUCAUGAAGAUUAUGUGUUCAUAAAAAAGAUACAGAAAUGCAGCAAAGGAAAGGGAUCUUUAUCCUUACUGAACUGUGAGGAAAUUAAAAGCCAGUUGGAAGACAUCGUCAAGAAAAUAAUACGAAAUGAAGAGGCAAACAAGAAAGAAAAAACUUUUGAAAUGCAAAAAGGUGAUCAAGAGCCUCAAAUUGCAGCCCAUGUCAUAAGUGAUGCCAGUAGUAAAACAUCUGUUCUACAGUGGGCUGAAAAAGGAUACUACACCAUGAGCACCAACCUGGUAGAACUCAAAUAUAAGAAGCAGCUGACUGUUCAAAGACCAGGACUCUAUUACAUCUAUGCCCAAGUCACCUUCUGUUCCAAUCGGGAAGCACCGAGACAAAUGCCAUUUGUAGCCAGCCUCUGCCUGAAGUCCCCAACUGAAUCUGAGAGAAUCUUACUCAGAGCAGCAAGUACCCACAGCAACUCCAAACCUUGCGUGCAACAAUCCAUCCACUUGGGAGGAGUUUUUGAAUUACAACGAGAUGCUUCACUAUUUGUCAACGUGACUGAUCCAAGCCAAGUGAGCCAUGGAACUGGCUUCACAUCUUUCGGUCUACUCAAACUCUGAACAGUGGAACUUCCCCAACUGCGGCUGAGCUGACUCAGGCAAUCUUCAUAAUACAGCAAAGCAGUUAAGACCACCACCCCCUGUUGAACUGCCUAUUUAUAACCCUAGGAUCCUCCUAAGGGAGAACUAUUUAUUAUGCACCCCAAGCAUGUAGGGCUGUAAUAAGUGAAUUACA